CAAUCAGGGAAUUGUGGCACGGAUUAUGGAAAAUGAUGCAAAGAGAAAUUACAAAAACAAAAAAGGUCUACUUCAAAAUCCUGGUGGUCUAGUUUCAACAACUGAUGACACAUAUGAUGGGCUGCGCUGCAUCCUGCCAGGUACCACAGGACAUGGAACAAUGCUCUGUUUUGCAAAGAAGAUGAUGCUCACUUUGCCAGCUGACACUUAGACGUGUGGUGAUCUACAGCUAGCUCAGGUACAAGGAUGACUCAAUGGGGAUUCACUCGUAAUUGACUCCAAGUGCUGACGAGAACAUCUGGACAGCCAGCUCUGUCAGCAACCUGAGUUCCUUUAGACAGAAGGUUUCCCCAGCUUGGAUGGUGUUGCUGAGUUGCCUUGAAGUUUGAUGCCUCCCAGAGCCACUGGUGGAGCAGUGAAGCUGCCUGUGCAGCUGUGCUCCUCUGUGGAGAGAGCUUGGCUGUAUUAUUAACUCUCCGUCGCCAGAAGAGCCAGAGCAGUUCGGAAAAGAGCCACAAACCAUGCAAGCCAAUGUCACAGAAGGCAGCAAUCGCUCAAAUGGGAGCUCUGUCAGCCUGGAUUCCACACUUGUCACUUGCACAGAGACAGUGACUUUCACUGAAGCGGAGGAAGAGGAAUUGGAAUCCUUCUAUUAUUCCUUCAAGACAGAACAGCUGGUUACCCUUUGGAUUCUUUUCGUCAUAACGGUUGUUGGGAACUCCAUUGUUUUGCUCUCCACCUGGAGGAGGAAGAGGAAAUCCAGGAUGACUUUCUUUGUGACCCAGCUGGCCAUAACAGAUUGUUUUACAGGCCUUAUAAAUAUAAUGACUGACAUAAUUUGGCGCUUCACUGGAGAUUUCAUGGCCCCUGAUCUCGUCUGCCGAAUUGUUCGCUAUCUGCAGGUUGUACUUUUGUAUGCUUCAACCUAUGUCCUGGUUUCACUAAGCAUAGACCGAUAUCAUGCCAUUGUGUAUCCAAUGAAAUUCUUCCAAGGAGAAAGGCAAGCAAAAAUCCUCAUUGUAGUUGCCUGGGGCCUUGCCUUCCUGUUUUCAAUUCCAACACUGAUUAUAUUCGGGAAGCGGCAAUUAUCCAAUGGCGAAGUGCAGUGCUGGGCUGCCUGGCCGGAUGACUCCUACUGGAUUCCCUACAUGACCACAGUUGCCUUCCUGGUAUAUUUCAUUCCUCUGAUUAUUAUCAGCGUUAUUUACUUCAUUGUGAUCCGAACAAUAUGGGUUAAGAGCAAAGCUCAUGCUGUCAUUGUUUCCAACUGCUCAGAUGGCAAAUUCUGUGCUAGCUACACCCAUCGGGGACUCAUAUCAAAGGCUAAAAUCAAAGCUAUCAAGUACAGUGUGGUAAUAAUUCUUGCUUUUGUACUCUGCUGGAGUCCUUAUUUUCUCUUUGACAUUCUGGACAACUUCAGCGUCCUCCCGGAAACCAAAGAACGCUUCUAUGCCGCAGUGAUUAUUCAGAAUCUGCCAUCUUUAAACAGUGCCAUCAAUCCCAUCAUAUACUGUGUUUUCAGCAACACCCUUUGCGAUGCUUUCAGGCGAAGAAAAUCAGGAAAUUUGGGGACUUUCAGAGAAAGAACAGAAGGGCAAGAGAUGCAGGCGGUAUCCAAGCCGGAAUAUAUUUAGCGUUGAUAAAGGCCACGUUGUGUCUGAGGGGUGAAAUAGAAGUCUCACCCUUGUUCAGAAAUCUAUUAUUUAAGGAGAGAGGAAUGAGGAGCAAAAACCAUUCCUUGUACACCCUGGUGGCCAAACAGAACUGCCACGGUUUGUUCCACAUUUGCAGUCAGUCCUUGCUUUUUAGAGGUCCUUGCUUUUCAAAGGUGCAUCGACUGAGCAGUAUGUUUCAGUGUAAAUGGCUUUUCUCCAUAUGGGAAUAUUUUAUCUUGAAAAAGAUGGUGCCACAUUUCUACAUGGUACCACACAGCUCGUUUUUACACAGUACUGUCACCUAAAUCAUCAAGACCCUUUGAUGGCUGAAGAGCAGGAAUAGCCUUUUCUCUCCUUUCCGAGAAAAGAGCAUUCCCAGCGCACGUCAAGAUACUUUAUCCCUGCUGCCCUAUUUGGGGGGUUGCUGUGGCUCAGUGGGAGCACAUCUGUUUCACAGGCAAAAGGACUCAGAUUCAACCCCCAGGAUCUCUUGGUUGGGAUGAGAUUGUUGCCUCUCUGAAACCUUGGAGACCCACUGCCAGUCAGUGUUGACAAUAUGGAACUAGAUAGACCAAGGGACUGACACCAUAUAAGGCAUGCUUCCUGUGUUCCUAUAUAUGCUUCGCCAGAAAAUCCUGCCCAUUGUAUAAUGCGCUGAGAGAACAACAUCUGGAACAAUUUUUACACAGUGAUGGGAAAGGUAUGAGUCUAUGGUUUACCUACUGAGUGAAGAAGAGAAAUAUGCCACUGUGAAGAUUGCACAUUUUCCAUCUGUUGUAACAUUUAUUUUUAUUUUUAUUAUUUAUUGAAUUUAUAUACCAUCCUAUACCCAGCGGUAACCUGUGAGAGGAGAGAAUGAUGUGUCUCUUGUCUGGGGGAUUCAGUUUGCUUCUUGCUCCUCUUCAUUUAGGUUUUGCAUAAUUCUAUUCAGAUUUGUUUAAAUUCCUUUCAUCUUAAUCUUUUAUUUUACUAUUUGUUAAAUGAAGGGCCUGUACUCUGCCCAGAAAAUUCAAGAUUUGAAGUUUGGUUUUGGUUUUCUUUGGAUCUGGGUUAACUUCUAUUGGUGUUACUUUCCUAUUGUCAAACUUUUGUUUCUUGCGGUGGUCUGAUAACAAAUAAACGAAUCUGAUCUGCUGAUCAUUGGAAAGCUUCCAAAAUAGGGAAGGCUGCUGAUCUUCUCCCCAUUACAGUAAAGUGGGUCACAGGUGGUGGAGGAUGAAGAUUCAGCUAGAGUUAGCUGUCAGGAAGAGAACCAAAGCAAUCCAGGCAAGUCACAAAUUGCUAGCCCCUCAUCCCAGCAAGGACAUGGCAUUUAAAUUUAGCCAUGCCCCUCCCUUGGCAGGCACAGAAAAAAUGGGAUUUGUUGCAAUUCCUGACUCCAGCAAAAUAUUAAAAUACAAUAAUUCAUCAAAUAU